CUUACUGGUCUGACAACCAGUGCAGGUGAUAACCACUAGUGCCUGUUUAGUUUACAAUAUCGACUUUGGCCAGAACCUUACACAGACCUGAGAAAGACAGAGUGGACGGACAGCGGACAGGAUUAGCAGCAGUGCCUGAGAUGGACCCUUCUCUGAGGCAUGAUAAAUGUGAACAGGCCAACAGCACCAAACAUCUGAGCAAGCAGAUCCUUGCCAUUAUUGCUGUUGGUUCCAUUAUUCUUGUCGGGCAGUAUUCCCUAUGGCCAACAUUACAACCUUCCCAUCCAAUACCAGUUCACUUCCAGAUGCAGGAGGCAAAGGUCAUCAGUUGGACAAAUUGGUCAGAUUCUACCACACUGAAACCCAUCAAGACUACUAUCAUUCUGCUGUGGUAUUGGCCCUUUGGCGAAUCGAGCAGUGUAUCUGGCAAUCAUUGCAAUGAUAAAUAUGGCAUUCCCAACUGUCAUUUAGUGACCGAUCAGUCCUGGUUCCCCAAAGCAGACCUGGUUGUCUUCCACAACCGUGAGUUGGUCAAUGGACAGCGUAGGUUACCCCUGAAUCUGCCUCGGCCAAAAACCCAGAAAUGGGUUUGGCUAUCCUUGGAGAGUCCACCACACAAUGGAAAUAUGAGGCCCCUCGCCGGUCACUUCAACUACACCAUGUGUUAUCGCCGGGACUCAGACAUUUACGCACCGUAUGGGUGGCUUGUGCCAAGCAAAGCUCCUAUUGGCACAACUGUUGAUGACUUCAUACCAAAGGGCAAAACUGGUCUGGCCUGUUGGAUCGUGAGCAACUACCAGGCUAGACAUUUGAGGACACAAGUGUACAACAAGCUGAAAAAUGUCAUCCCGGUGGAUGUGUAUGGAGGAGCAAGAAAUAAGCGUAUCUCUGCUGAUACUGUCCUACCCACAAUAUCUCGUUACUAUUUCUACCUCUCCUUUGAGAACAGCGUUGCUACAGACUACAUCACGGAGAAAGUUUGGUCAAACGCUUUUAAGGGUGGUGCCAUACCAGUGGUUUUAGGCCCGCCACGGGAACAAUACGAGGCAGUCUUGCCAAAGAACUCCUUCAUCCAUGUGAAUGACUUCAGCACAGUAGAGGAACUGGGCCACUUCAUGAAGACACUGGCUGCAGAUAAAGAGCGCUACGCCACCUACUUCGCCUGGCGUCUGAACUAUACCGUUGGUGGUCUUACAGGAUGGGCGGAGAGACUGUGCAAUGUCUGCCCAAUUCUUAGCAGUUUGCCUACAUCAAAGAUAUAUAAGGACUUACAUGGCUGGGAUUGGCAAUGAAAGCUGGAGGAAAAAUGUGUAAAAAAAGUGCUACUGGUAGCCUAUGCAAUCUCACUUGACUUUAAGGCACUUUUAGACAUAUUGGCACCUUCUGUGUUCUUUUAAAGAGUGUUUGUUCAAUAACCGCUCAGGUAUACAUAGUAGCCAAUACUGCUCUUUGAAAUAGGGGAAAUUGGCACAAAUUCAGUCAAUUAUUACUUUAGUAUUAUUAGGCUACUAUAUUGUCCUUGAGAUGUCAAUUAAAGUUACCCACAAGCCCUUAACCUGGUUAAGACAAAUUGAGACAUGGCAAACAGAUGGCUUUUUAAUGACAGCACUUCCAGGGAAGUUGAAAAUAAUCAAAUUGGCUUUUAAAAAUCAGGUAAACAUUACUAGCUUAGUCUAGCUGCCACUUCACAUAGCUCACAAGUUAGCUGGCUAGAGAUUUCCCCUCUUCACAAUCUAUCUUACAGUUUUUUUACGAUCGUUUACACACUAAAUGAAAAACUUCCACACAAUUUGCAAAAUUCUACUCCAAGGAGCAAAACACCUUCACAGAUUUGCACAGCAUUACACACAAUGUCUGCUUCACCCUUUUUGCAAAACAUUACACACAGUGAUUUGUAAAACUCGUGUGUUUGUGUACGUGAGAGAGAAAGAGAGAGAGAGAGAGAGAGAUGUCACAGGCUGAAUUGGCUCUUCUAGAUCCUGAGCCGGUUUCCCCUGUCCUGCUAUCUGUCACCCUGCGCUGGGCGUGCGCCACGCCCACUGCACCCACUCCCUGGCUCUCCUGUGAGCUCUGCUGUUGGCACACCUGUGGCUGAUGAGUGAAUCAGCUACACAGGAAAUUUGAGGAAAACAAAUUGAGGAGAAUUUUACUCUAUGCCAGAUAACAUGUGGUCCAUCUCUGAAAAGAGUAAAAGUUAUUCUUUUGAUAGAGCUGUUUUUCCAGAGUCAAUUUCCUUCAAUUCAGUAAUAUUAUUUUGUUCUUUUUCGUGAUAUUUUUUUAAAAUAUCUUAAAGUGCCCAUAUUAUGCAAAAAUCACUUUUUCUGGGAUUUGGGAUGUUAUUGUGUUUCUGGUGCUUCCACAUUCAUACAAACUUGGAAGAAAAACCAUCCAUGCUGUUUUGAGUGAGAUACAGGUUUCAGAAUUGCUCCCGCCUUCAGCCUCUGGGUGAGCUGUUCAAAAUCGCCAAGGCUUCACACGUCACAAGCCGAAAUAUUUGAAUAUUCCCACCCCCUCAGAGCAUACUUACAGUGUUCCACCCACCAGGCACAGCAGUAACUUCUCGGAUAGCAGCCAUUUUGUUACCGAUUUGGAAGCGCUGGUUCAGAUUAGAAGACACCGUAUCGAAGUACCACGCAAAAUGCUCUGUUGUUGGCUGUACAAAAGAGCACAAAACACUUCAUCUUGUCCCAGCUGAAGAGGACAGAAGAGCGGCAUGGAUUGAAUUUAUUUUUGAUGGCAAUAUCCAUGCUACAGUUGGCAAGAAACUGGCAACAAUCACUUCGAGACUGACUGUUUCUCAAACUACAGUCAGUACAAGGAGAGUUGGCACAUUUGUAGGAUACAGUACAAGCAAUACAGUACACUUGAACAGAUCUAAAAACAAAAGUUUACAUUUUGAAAUUGAAAUGAAGAAUCAAUAGGAACCAGAAUUGAUAAGUAGAACUGGAAUCAGAAUCAAUGCUAUUUGAAUUUUUUAUUUUUCAUUUGGAAACGAUCUUUGGACAAAUGAUGUCAUUGCCUGAAUGUGAAGUUCGUCCCGUACAUGAAUAGAAAAUGUUUCGUGAUCUUGGAAGGUGGUAAAUUGAAAUGUGAACAAAUUCAUGUUUUCAACGUCCAUCUGGACAAACUGUCUGGCCAGCACCUCCUCCUGCUCUUCCGCCUCCAUGUCCAACACCCGUGGCAGCCAAUAUUUAUUUUUUAUCAGCCCACUGUUUUCAUCCAACCAGUCUGCUGCCUUUUUUGCCUCUUCGAAGAGCUGAGCAACAAACAUUAAAAGACAGUUC